GUAGUCUGUUCCACAGCAUGCCGACACGGGCACAGACGCAGAUUAUUCCCAGCAUUGCCAUAGUUUACCCUGCUUUGCUAUAGUCACGGAGUACGUGGUACCCGAUAUAUCUAUAUACCAUGGACGUGAUCACAGAUUGUAUUGACAUCUGCCGCGAAGCCGUGUAAAGUUUGUGGGAAGGUCGCCAUUUUAUGUGCUUUGAGAGAAGAAAGUGAGCUUAUCAAAUAUGAGUUCUAAUGGAUCUAACGAUGCACAAGUAGCAAGAAUAGAUUCGUUGUUUGGAUCGCAAGGAAACACGAGAAAUUUUACUUCAUUGCUGAAUCCUAGCUACUUGCAGGCGUCCAAUGGUAAAGAAUCACAUAAGAGGGAGACCGAUGCUGAAAGGGAGGAGAGAAAGGCCAAGAGAAGAAGAUCACGAUGGGGUGGUGAUGAAAAAGAAAAAACAUUUAUUCCUGGUAUGCCCACUGUCUUGCCAACUAACCUGAGUAAAGAACAAGAAGAAGCAUACUUAGUUCAGCUGCAGAUAGAAGAGAUCAGCAGAAAGCUGCGCACUGGUGAAUUAGGGAUUCCACUUAAUCCAGAAGAAAGGUCUCCAUCUCCAGAGCCAAUCUACAGCAGUGAUGGGAAGCGUUUGAACACCCGUGAGUAUCGUACUCGGAAACGUCUCGAGGAGGAACGUCAUCAUCUUAUCCAGCAGAUGCUUAGUCUGAACCCAGACUUCAAGCCUCCUGCAGACUACAAGCCACCCAUCAUUCGAGUCAGUGAUAAAGUAAUGAUUCCUCAGGAUGACCAUCCCGAUAUCAAUUUUGUUGGUUUGUUGAUUGGACCUCGUGGAAAUACACUAAAAUCAAUGGAGAGAGAUACUGGAGCUAAAAUAAUUAUUCGUGGGAAAGGAUCAGUGAAGGAGGGGAAAGUUGGACGCAAGGAUGGUCAACCACUUCCUGGAGAAGAUGAGCCUUUACAUGCAUAUGUGACUGCCAAUAAUCCUGAAGCUGUCAAGAAAGCAGUUGAUAGAAUCAAAGAGAUUAUUCGCCAAGGCGUUGAGGUUCCUGAAGGCCAGAAUGAUUUACGUCGGAUGCAACUAAGGGAAUUAGCACUAUUGAAUGGAACUUUGAGAGAAAAUGAAGGACCUCGGUGUUCAAAUUGUGGAGCGUCUGACCAUAAAUCCUGGAUGUGCCCUGACAAGCCAAAUGUGACAAACAACAUUGUAUGUUCAAGCUGUGGGGGAGCUGGGCAUAUUGCCAGGGAUUGUCGACAGAAAAGACCAGGUGCAGGGGGGCCUAAUGCUGCUGGUGACAAGAACAAAAUUGAUGAAGAGUACCUGUCUCUUAUGGCAGAACUGGGUGAGGGUCCUCCUCCCAACAGAGACAAUGAUCGUGAUUCUGGGCAGAACAGGUUUGGACGUCGCUCAGGUUCAAGUGGAAACAUGGGCUUGUUUGAUCGUCAGAUGGCUCCACGUGCCAUCAUGGCUCCUCCACCAAGACUCGAGCAUAACAUGAUGCCUACCCCACCACAGUUGAUCCCAAAUACUUUGCCACCUCCUCCAUGGAGUCCUGUGAUGCCUCCAGCAAACAAACCUCCAGGAUCAGACAUGAUUCCAAACAUGAAUCAUCCCCCUCCACCUUCAGCUCCUUCAUUAGCUAUGCCCCCACCAUGGCAGACACCAAGUAUUCCUCCUCCUAAUUUGCUACAAGCACCACCUCCACCACCACCAACCAGCCAGCCACCACCUGUGACAACUUCACAAGCAGCAAUCCCACCACUGUUGCCAUGGCUGCAGACGCAGACCCAACCACCGCCACCUGGAUCACAACCAACUCCCCAGCAACCACAGCAGCCGCAACCAGCACAGCAGCAACAGCAGGGGCAGCAGCAAACCCCACAUGCAACUCUUCCACCCCCGGGUCUGCCACCAUGGCAGCAGCCUCCACCCCCCUUAUCAGCCACGGCACCAGGCCCAGUACCACCACCCAAUAGGGCCCCUCCACCCAAUAUGUUCCCUUGGCAUCAGAACUUCAUAGGAGUGCCUCCUCCACAGCCAGUCCAGCCUCCACCACCCCCUGGGCACAAUGGACAGGGUGUUGAUAUCAAUGCGUUGGCAGGGUUGCCAAGUCUACUUGCAGCUCCACCCCCACCCCCACCCAGUUAAUCCCUGACAUAUUGUAACUUUUCAUUUUUAUGAUUCACAAAUAUUGUCUGUGUAGAUAGUUUAAAUCGUGUGGUUAUAAAUUUUAGGACAUAAAUAAAUUCUGGUCCCAUUGCAGCCAUUUUCAGUCAGGUAUUCUUGUAUUGAAUUGUCAUGCAGUAAGUAGAUAAAUAUAGUGUAAUUUGCAGUUAACAGAUACUGCAUUGAUCUUAUGAACUGUAUUCUCAGAAUCAUAUAAAAAUUAAGUUAAUUUUCUAGGGUUCAGGUGUGGGGAUUCUUUUAUAGAUAUAUAAAUGUGCUGUAGUAACACGGUUUUGGGUUUGAAAUUUCUGUAAAGGAAUUCUUGAUGGUGUGUUUCAUGAUCUUAUCUGCAGUAGUUCAUGUAAGAAUAGAAUGAGCAUAGAUGUUGCUGUAUUUGCACACUAUUGUCCCUCUUAGAUAAUGGUUACACCCCAAUUUUAUGGCACAGUAGUACCAUUGUGUAGAGUAUGCCAUUUGGAUUGAUGCAGAAUGGACGGAGCUGUUUGUGACGAGACAUGGCAUAUGUAUGCAGUAGUUCAUAUAACCAAUGAAUGGAAGCUUCCACUGUUUGUCAUGUUCAGAAGUGUUAAAGAACGAGAAAAUCUUACAUAAUUUUGGUGACAAAACCCAUUGGAGAGCAGGUAUUUGGAAUAUGAAGGAAAUGAAAAGUAAUAUAUUUAUCCAAAAAAACAUUCCUGCCCCCAAUAUAUGUGCAAAAUUUUUAAGCAAGUAAACUUAUAUUAUCUGAAUUAAACAUGCUAAAUCUGAACAUUAUAAUGUUUUUUUUUCAAAACCCACCCUAGAAGUCUACCCAAGUAUGUGAAUGAUGUUGCCAGUUCUACUGCAGCAUCUCGUAUAUUCACACGGUACAUUUUGCUGCCCAAAUCAAAGGCUUAAAUAUGCUGCACAUCCAGUUUUCUGAUGCAGAAGUGUUUGAAAGAAAAUGUGGGUAGUGUUUGGUUAAGUAUGGUAUUACAAAGAAUCUGUGGAGUUGGGCUCUGAGGAUGAGGUGUGGAUAGAGCUGGUUCUAGAUUAUGCCUACCUUUGGUAUUAGCCGUGUUGAACCUUCAGGUUCUACUACCAGAGUUGUAGGAGUUUAGUUAUAUCAGUAGUUAACUUUAUCAUUUAUGCUAAUUAAAUCUAAACUGCUUGGGCUAUAAUAGACUAGUCAGCAGCAAAACUAACUGGAUGUUGUAAAUUCAGUUUCUGGUAGGAACAGUGUUUUUCUUUGCCACUUGGUCCCAGAUGGUUAUUGCCCCCCACCACCACCAUCAUCAUCAUGGGUACUGUGUAAAGAUGAAGCAUGAAACUGCUCACUUACCUUCAUCUGUUGUUUAGGCCAUGCUUUGAGUUUUACCUGAACAUACUUUAUGUCUUCAUGAUAUGGUGCUUAAGCACAGGGGAAGCUGGUUGUAAAGUAUAGAGCAGCAGUUUUUGUUCUGUCCUACCAUGCUGCUUCUGCAAAUGUUUGUCAGUAAGUGCAUAUGUAAAUUAUUGAACUGGUUCCACACUGCUGUUGUGUAAUAUAUUUUCAAAAUUAUGUUAAAAAUUUAUUUAACAGGAUGCAAAUUGCUAUAAUUGUUUUCACAUUGCCUGGGUGUCAUGAACAAUAGAUAUCAAAGUUAGUUUAAUGUAUGCUGAAAAUAAAUACAUAUUUAGAUUCUUAUAAACUGUCCUCUGUUAUCAGUAAAGAUUAGUUGUUUUUUGGUAGCAUCUGUUAGAGAAUUGGAAGUACAGUAUGUCCCAAACAGAAGUAUAUACUUAAUACUGAAUAUUAACCUUGAGUGAAGGUGUGUGUUGCAGUGACUAGCUAUGAUGCCACAAAUCAUUGGCAGUAAAUGUGUUUGAUUAAACUUUAAGGAAUAAAGAAGGAUAAUAUUAAAAUGGA